AUGCAGUUAGAGUCAACUGGCUUUACUACUUAUACUUUCCCCGCAAAUUUCCUUUUUAUUUUCUUAGAGAGAUUCGUCUCUUCCUCCGUUCUUUGCAGCUCUAAGUCCCAAUCUAUCUAUCUAUCUAUCUAUCUAUCUAUCUAUCUAUCUAUCUAUCUAUCUAUCUAUCUAUAUAUCAAUCUGUACAUAUCUACCUAUCUAUCUCAUCUGUUCAUAUUCUAUCUAUCUAUCUAUCUAUCUAUCUAUCUAUCUAUCUAUCUCAGUCUUCUGUUCAUAUCUAUCUAUCUAUCUAUCUAUCUAUCUAUCUAUCUAUCUAUCUAUCGCAGUCUGUACAUAUCUAUUAUUUAUCUUUUCAUAUCUCUCUUAUCCAUCUCACUCUUUUCAUAUCUAUCUAUCUAUCUAUCUAUCUAUCUAUCUAUCUAUCUAUCUAUCUAUCUAUCUAUCUAUCUGACCUGGGUAUUUUUCUUCUUCAGUCUUCUUCUUCUUCUUUAUUCACAUUUUCUUCACUACUUCCUUCUUAGCCACACCCCAUCGCUAUUCUUUUUUUUUUCUUUCUUUCUUUCUUUCUUUCUUUCUUUCUUUCUUUCUGUUCUUCUCGGUCUGAAUCUUCCCUAUCACUCUUCUUUUUUAUUUACGGCACCUUCUUCUUCUUCUUCUUCUUCUUCUUCUUCUUCUUCAUUCCCAUUUUUCAUUUUCACUAUUUCUUUCUCAGCCAUACACUUCGCUAUCGCUCUUCUUUCUUUCUUUCUUUCUUUCUUUCUUUCUUUCUUUCUUCUUCUUUCUUUGUUUUCCCUACUUUCCGUCGUUAUCUUCACCACCUACCCUUCCACUUUCAGUCUUUCUUUUUACCUCUUUUCUUUACCUAUUUCCACAACAUUUCAGAUCUCCCGACACCGCGUCUCAGAACAACUGGAGUUAUCUUCCCCUAUUUCAGUGGGUUUUUCGUUCGUCUUGCUUUUCGUUCGUAAAUUCGUCGCAUCUCUCUCUCUCUCUCUCUUUCUCUCUCUGGUCUUUCGACGCAUAGUCUUUGCUUUUUGUAUCUCUAUCUACUAUCUACCCAAUUUCUUACCAACCUGUAAAUUUUAA